UAACGCCUGGCAUUCUACCUCCUCUCCUCCCUCUUCUCUUUUUGGCCAACUGCAGCAUGGAGACCCUGGACGAAUUUGACAACGAAUACCCGCUCAUUAUCUCCUUCUGCGAGCGGAUCUCCCCCCAGGACUUUGAGCACCAGUCCUUGAGUUACACUCAGAAAUCCCUGCAAGACCUUUACACCCAAAUGGAGCAGAACCCGGGGAUCUGUGAGCGGGUGGUGCGCAAGAGGAAACAGGCAGAGGCCGAGAAAGCCAGCCUGGUGCAAUAUCUGAAGGACAAGUUCUUUUCCAUGCUUCAGGGAGAUGUGAACUCUAACAGCUCACUGGGGGAAAUGGAAGUGGAGGAAAAGGUGCAGCAACUGAGGCGUGACAUGGAGAAGGCCAAUGACUACGCUCGUGCUGCCAAGAGCCCAUCCUGGAGGCCGUCAGAGAUGAGGCCUAAGAAGAAGAGCGCGCCACUGGGAGGCUUCAGCCCCAGCCAGACCACGCUCCUGGACUCCAGCAUUCCUGCCAUGCCCAGAAUCUUUGGUUCUUUCCCAAAGCAGUUGGAGAGAAGCACGAAUUCCAGCAUGGAUCUGAAGCAGCUCUGGGCUGGCAUGUCAUCCGUCAAUCAGAAGAGCAUGGUUGACCUGCGUCCCUUAAUGUUGAACCCUGGUGGCUUCCGUCCCUCAAUGCUCAGUAGCAGCUCCAUCAGCCGGCUGAAAUACUCCAGUCUCCCAAGGACUCCUGCCAGUGGGCCCGCUCCGUCUUCCCAAAGCGCUGACUCGUCUAGCGCCGCUACUGUUUUCAACACGCCCAUGCUGGCCAAGUUCAAAGGCAACAAAGACGGCGAGAAGGAUAACGAAACUGCCAGCCCUGAUUCAAACCCUACAGGAGCCUAAAUGUCUUUUCGUAUAUGGGAAGAUGCUACGCGAAUUAAAGUUCAGUGCGUGCUCCUCUGUAGCGUGUGGACGGCUCUACCAUUGAAGCACCUCGAAAUGUGGGGCAUGAGGAAAUGGUCAAAGAAAGUGGUUGGGGCAGGGGGUGGGAAAGCGGAGACAUUCUUAUCACUUAGGGGUGAUAAGUGCGCUUGGCUAGUUUUGAAGGUGGAAAGGUGCCCUUGACUGACGAUCAGUACACUUCUUCUUCCUGGGAUGGG